UUUCCUCAAAAGAAGAAGAGUUAGGGAAGACGUGCUGCAGGCUCCACAACAAGAACCCUACAUUACUGUUCGGGGAACCGAGUCCGUUUCAGAGGACAGCAUCCUCACCGAGGAUAAACCGCUUCGUGGAAUCAUGUUUGAGAACUUCAGAGAAAAACUUCACAUGGUGCAGCAGGAUUUAACAACAGGCUUGAAAACACUUGGCGACAAAUCAAAGGAAUCCAAAAGUAGUAGCAGCAGGAGGAAAUCCAGGUAUGAAGAAAAUCUUCAUCAUUGCAGUGCUGGACUCGACAUCCUCAACAGCUAUGAAGAGAGUUGGUUCCUGCUCCACAAAAAAACAAAAGACUGUGCUCAGGUAGCGGAGGCUGUCGACGGGGACGUGGUGAUGCUGUCCGCGCACUGGGAGAAGAGACGAUCAGCACUGACACAACUACAGGAACAACUACAAAGCUUGCCUGCUUUUAUCAGUGAACUUGACGCCAUCACUACCUCAAUAGCUCAUCUGGAAGGUGACUUUGAGGAGAUGGAGAGCAGGCUGGUCUACUUGGAAACAUUGUGCUAUCAGUGUGAACAGCAGACACUAAAGCAGCAACACAUCGACCAACUAGAAAUCUAUAAGAAAAAAAAGAGGAGAGAAUUGGAGGCAUUAGAAGUGGAGCUGAAUGCCGAACAUGCUCAGAAAGUUUCCAAGCUUGAACAGGCCAGGCAGCAGAAACUGAGGGAACGGCAAAAAGUCUUUGAAGAAGCCUUUAACCAAGACCUGGAAAAAUACCGCUCAACUGGAUAUCUUCAGCACAGAGAACCGACAGACUCGGAUGUGGUGGUUCUAGAUCAAGUGACAAUAACCAACCUCUCAGACCAGGAGGCUUUGGAUGACUUUUUGAACUCUGCUGAUGAUUUAACCUCUGGUUCAUCACUCACCUCAGGUCCAGAUCUGAAGUCGGGCUCUUGGGAAUCCUUGAGCAGUCCACUGAGCCGAGUCCCGGACCUGGAAAACCAUUCUUCAGACAAAGUUUCUGAACAUGUCCAAGAUGAAGACUGCCAGAGUGAGGACAGCGACGAGCCCGUGGUGCAAUUAGACGAGGAGGACGUUCAGCUAGACAUGACUUUAGUUGGCCUGCAGGAUCUUGACAGAGUCCGGGCUUCUGAUGACAGUGACUCGCCAGAGGACAUACCGUGCGGACCCACUCCCUCAUGACAUGCGUUUUCACGUGGGUCGUGGGAAAGCUGGAACAUCUACCAUUUGACUUUGGACAUCAGGCAGUGUACACCGUUUUAGUUGCAGGGCUCAUAAGACAGCUACUCACAGUGGCAGACAUUUUACCAGUUAAGCUAAACUUUGGAUUUGUGGGAGAAAGCACAACAGAGAAAAUGCUCACUCUUUUGGAGUUGUGAGGCAAUUGUGAACCUUUGCCCUUAAUUAUGUUGAAUCAAUUAUUGUGUUCAAAAUACAUAUUGGAUACAAUUUACCAAAGACCCAAAGCACAUUUUGGUCCUGGGUGCUUGUCAUAUAUCAAGCUGGAUAAAUCUGUCUUCCAAACCUAUUAUAUCUUUCUCCAUAUCUUGCAUGUGUGAUUAUGGUUUGUUUGAGCACUGUGACCAAAUUCUGGAUGUUGAACUUUAUUGAAGAUUGUCCUGUAUAUUUCUACUUGACCUUAUGCUGUUUUAUUGGAAACUGUGGCAAUUUUUUUCCAAGCACACUUUGUAUGCCAACUGCUGGUAAGCCAGUAUUUAAAUAAAUUAAUCACAAAUGUUGAAUGGACGAUUAUUGCUGUCUUAAGUUAUAACCUCUGUGAAGUUGUCCCCCCAUCAGACACAAAUGUAUAUAAAAUGGUGUCAAUCAUUUGUACUUAUUUGUGCUACUAUCGUUUCUGAUACAGGUAGUCCCCGGGUUACGAACAAGUUCCGUUCCUACGCUCUGCGACGUAACUGAAAUUUCCACGGAAGUCUGACUCAACCCCUU